ACAGUAUAGCAAGACUCCAACGUCAUACCACACCCUGCAAAACUCUUCAUAUAUAUCUCCCUCUCCCUCCCUUCUUUCAUGUUUUAAGUUUUAACAGAGAAUUAGCAAGAACGGAGAUAGAACAGAGCACCUUUCAUCUUUAAAGAGGGUUCAAUGGCUACACCUCAAAGAAAUACCCUUUUCCUUACUUCCCUUCCCCUCUUGUUUUCUCUCGUUACUGCCGUUCUUGCUGCUGUACCUAAACAACAAGAACAGGAUCGAAUCACCUCUCUCCCAGGACAACCACCGGUCACAUUUCAACAAUUUUCCGGGUAUGUUACCGUCAAUGAAGAACAAGGCCGCGCUCUCUUCUACUGGUUGACAGAAGCUACUUCUCUUCCUCAGAAGAAACCUCUCGUUCUCUGGCUCAACGGAGGACCAGGUUGCUCAUCAGUGGCAUAUGGAGCAUCCGAGGAAAUUGGACCAUUUCGGAUUAAUAAAACUGGCUCAUCCCUUUAUCUAAAUAAGUAUGCCUGGAAUAGAGAAGCAAACAUCCUCUUCCUGGAAUCCCCUGCUGGAGUUGGAUUCUCUUACACAAACACAAGCUCCAAUCUUAAGGAUUCCGGAGACAAUCGAACUGCUCAGGAUAAUCUCAUGUUUCUCAUUAGAUGGAUGUCAAGAUUCCCACAAUACAGAUACAGAGAAUUUUACAUUGCUGGGGAAAGUUAUGGAGGACACUAUGUUCCCCAGUUGGCAAAGAAAAUCCAUGAUUACAAUAGAGCAUUUUCACGUCCGUUCAUCAAUCUCAAAGGAUACCUUGUUGGGAAUGCUGUUACAGACUACUACUAUGACAACAUCGGAACUGUUGCAUUCUGGUGGAGCCAUGCUAUGAUCUCAGAUGGAACCUAUAGAUCCAUCCUCAAAAAUUGUAAUUUCUCAGCAGAGAAUACUUCAAAGGAAUGUGAUAAUGUUGUAGAUUAUGCCAUGAAUCAUGAGUUCGGGGACAUUGAUCAGUACAGCAUCUAUACACCUACUUGUAUGCCAAAUAACACAGUUAGGCAUAAAAGGCUGAAGAGUAGUCUUUUGCGCCGAAGGAUUUCUGGGUAUGAUCCAUGUACCGAAAACUAUGCUGAGAAAUACUAUAACCGUCCAGACGUACAGAAGGCCAUGCAUGCAAAUACUACAGGAAUUCCUUACAAAUGGACUGCUUGCAGUGAUGUUCUUUUCAAAUACUGGACUGAUUCUGCGAAUUCCAUGUUACCAAUUUACAAGGAGCUGAUGGCAGCAGGCCUAAGAAUCUGGGUUUACAGCGGGGAUACAGAUUCAGUGGUGCCAGUGACUGCCACAAGGUUUUCCCUCGGCCAUCUCAACCUCAAGAUCAAGACUAGUUGGUAUCCUUGGUACUCAGGCAACCAGGUUGGAGGAUGGACACAAGUUUAUGAAAAGCUAACCUUUGCAACAGUCAGAGGAGCCGGACAUGAAGUUCCACUGUUUCGGCCCGGGCCAGCUUUCAUUCUUUUCAGGUCAUUCUUGGCCGGCGAGGAGCUGCCCCCGUCCUUUUAAAUCUCACCAAGAAGAGAUCAAAGAAUAAUUAUUUACUUUAGGCUCAAGAUCCCCAUUAAAUUGAUGAGUUACUAGAAUAGGGGUGAUUCAUACAAAAUUAACUCUUUAUGUUAUAGUUCAUAAUAAUGGAUAUUGUAGAUGAGAGUUGCUCUCCCUCCUCUCUUUUUCAAUUUAUGAACACUUC